UGCCUUUUCCAAAAGUUUACAAUAUGAGGCCAGCUGUAAUAUCAAUUGGAAUACUUUUCUUUCUCGUCAAAUUGCUGAGCGUCUUGCUCAAUGAAAGUAUCCUAAGUAACCUGUUCGGUUUGGGAAAGGUCAGCGCUGUGAAUAUCGGAAGAGGAAAUCGGAUUUUCAUGGGAUUUCAGCUGUUGGCCGCGUGCACAUUUUUGCCGUUCCUUUGUGGAGCGUGCCUGAGAAAUCCAGAUUUGAUGCUUCCGUUAAUAAUAGCAUCAAUUUACAACAGUUGUAUUACAAUCUUGCUGGCUGGUAUAUUCGGGUACAGUAUAAAUUACCUGCCCGAUAUCAGCAUGGAUGUUUUUGAUAGCGGAGUCUUUGAACCUAAACUUGUCGCUGGAUAUUUGGUUUGUACGGCCGCAGUCGAUAUUGUUACCUUUAUUGUUACAUACACGCAUUGGGAGUCAAUCGAAACGCCUCCUCAUACGAAGAUUGACCCAAAGAAUAAUACGUACGCAUUGGAACGGUUUGGAAUCAAACUGCAGGAGAGUUAGUACAGUGUUAAAACAACAUUUCAUAUUUACAAUAUUUUCGUUUAUAACUUGCCCCAAUCCUUAUAAUCAUUAAACAUCG